CUACAGGCAUACGGGUGUUUUACAGUCAGAGUUCACAAGACUAUCCAUGUGUGUAUGACAUCUGAGAAAGCGCUGCUCAGUUCAAACACUGACGAGGUAGCCUAAGCACGAGCUGAAUUUCCGAAGACGCACAGUUUCCAACCAUAGACGGAUCUGUAAAAACAAAGCCCAGUGGAUUGGAAUUCACAUAGGUCAGUAAACGAAGGCACGGGGACAUUUCUUCAGCUGGGGUGGAAGAGCGACGGCUGAAGACGGUUGGCUAGAAGAAGGAGCCACAAAGAAAAACAGCCAUGACAGAAUACUACCAGAUCUUAGGGGUCCAGAGAAACGCUUCGGCGGAGGACAUUAAAAAAGCGUACAGAAAGCUAGCACUCAAGUGGCAUCCAGACAAGAACCCGGACAACAAGGAGGACGCAGAGAGGAAGUUCAAAGAGCUUUCAGAAGCCUACGAGGUCCUGUCAGAUGCAAACAAGAAGACCCAGUAUGAUCGAUAUGGUAAAGAAGGCUUAGCUGGAAACGGAGGCGGAGGGGGAGGAAGAGGAGGGCGUUAUCACAACGGUGAUCACUUCAGUGGUGGGUUCACAUUCCGUAAUCCAGAAGAUGUCUUCAGGGAAUUCUUCGGGGGUCGAGAUCCAUUUGCAGAUUUCUUCGCGGACGAUGACUUCUUCGGUGGGGGACACAGGCAGCGGGGGGGGAACCUGAGCAGGACCGGAGGACCCUUCUUCCACGGGUUCGGGGGCUUCCCCCCCUUCGGGUCGGGCUUCACAGGGUUUGAUUCAGGUGCACUUCCCCUGCAGCACGGUUUCACCUCCCUGGGACAUAUGGGUGGAGGAGGCUUCGCCGCGUUUUCCUCUUCAUCUUUCGGGGGUGGAGGUGGAGGAGGAAUGUGCUCCCGCUCGGUGUCUACCUCCACCAAGUUCAUUAACGGCAGACAAAUCACCACGAAACGUAUUGUGGAGAAUGGCCAGGAGAGGGUGGAGGUGGAGGAGGACGGUCAGCUAAAGUCUCUAUCCGUCAACGGUCUGGAAGAUGACGACCGGCGACAGAACACCCUCCUCGGUCUCCCCUCCCACCAACGCUUCCUGAGGAAUAGCCCACAGAACCCCCCAGAGGAAGAUGAAGAGCGUGGCCAACAGAGCCUGGGACUCACCAGAGGACACAUGGACACCAAGAGGAAGAAAUAUCCUUGGAGGCAGGAGGCGGAGCUUAAAAAGAAGAGAACACCUCGAUUGGCUCCUCGAAUCGGUGCCUGGUUCUAAAGCACCACCAUGGCUCCGCCCUUCCCUGUACGUGUCAUCCGGAGGGGAAGAGCAUCCGUAGAUGUGGCAUUAACACAACUCAGCCCUAGAGUUCCCAAAUUCAGGUUACUCUUCCAAAACUCCCAGGUUUUGCAGAAUUCCUGGUUGGACGAUUCUCGGAAUCGUGGGAAUAAGCAGGAAAUCCAGAUCCUCCAACCACAGGUUUUCUGGAAAACCUGGGAAUUUGGGGAAAGUUACUGGAAUUUUGCAAACCUACUUAGCCGUCUAGUUUGAUCAUGCCAGCCCACCACCACAAACACUAUAUAGCCUCAAAACAUGGUUAAAACUAAUGUUGAUAUCAAGGCUGGUCAGUCCUUGCAUUCAUAGCUCUGUCUAUGAAUUUGAGAGUGGUUACAUUUCUCCAGCCCCAUCCAUCAGCUUUUUACCAAAACAGGUGCAGGGAGUCGCUUUGUUAUUGUUGCUACUGCUAAUUGCCGCUUUAAAGAGAUGUGAAGAAGCAGAGUAAGUGUAAUGGGUCUGAAUGGUCUGGAAGAGCCUGUAACAGGAAUGUAAGUGAUGAUGCCAGAGACCCUGAAGGUAAUUAAGGUAUAUGUGGGUCUUUAAACCUUACAGGGAUAGUUCAUCCAAAUGAUUUAGGUGAAUUUGGGUGAACUAUCCCUUUAAAGACCAAUAUGAGGUUAGAGAGAAAACUGUCCAGAGAGACCAGAAAACUUGACUUAUCUAAAAGGAAAAAGAGCACAAAAUAAAGAAGAAAUGCUGAUUAAAAAACACACUUAUAUAAAAAAGGGCUUUAUAAAAUACAUUUGAUUGAUUGAUUGAUUGAUGUAGAAAUCAUACAAGAAUAUACUAUAUAUUUUGUCUGCACUGAGUGAAAUAUUGUCACUGUCUGCACCAAAGAGAACAGUAAUACCAAAGUAGCCAUCUCACUUUCUCCACUCUCAAAAAGACUAGUCGCUUCACUGCUUCGGUUGGGAUGGAAGUUCCAGUGUUGAACAUGUAACUCUUUCAUAACUGUUUUAUUUGAUAUUCUUUUGAUUGGUUUAGUUUAUUGUCAAUUUGCUUUUAUUCAUGCCCAAUGCCAGGGGAGAUGGAAUGAAUGUGAGUUUCAUUUUCUAUAAACGUCCACCAAUAAAGCUUAAUGUCAACCAGA